AUGGUUCUUUCAGUCACAGAAAAGUCUUACCUUCACGAGAGUCUGGCUUCGGUACCACCUGCGCGGCCAGAUGGAAGAAAGGCCGACCAGUUCAGGCCCAUUGAGGUGUUCACCGACUUCCUGCCGGCAUCCAACGGGUCCUCCAAAGUGGUUGCGAGCGACGGAACCGAGUGUCUCGUGAGUGUAAAGUGCAAAGUCGUGGACCACGCGGUCGAAGAAGACCUUGUGGUGGUGGACGUAGACAUAGCCGGUCACCGCGACGAUUCGGGGUUUGUGCAGGGCAUUGCUUCCACCCUCAGCAAAGUGCUAAGCACCCAACUUGACCGCUCGUGUCUGCGACUCACCAAGAAAUACAGCUUCAAGCUUUACAUUGACGUUCUCGUUCUUUCGAGCUUCUCGCAUCCGCUCACGCUCAUUUCGUUCGCGGUGUACUCCGCUCUGAAUUCGACUCAGCUGCCAAAGCUGAUUUCCAGCGACGACGACCUAGACGUGGCGGAGCUGCCGACUUUUCAUGACUACGACUUUGUAAAGUUAAAUGUGUCGGUUCCUCUUCUAUUCACGCUUGCAAUUUGCGGAAAAAACGUCUUGGUUGAUCCCGCCUCGAACGAAAGCGACGUGGCUAACAACGGUAUCCUGGUUACGUGGAACAAUGGCAAAGCAACGGCUCCUAUAAGGACACUGGGACUCAACGAGGAUUAUGUGUCCGGUGUCAGCCCCCAAAGUUUACAAGACAGCAUAAAAAUGAUCGAGCAAGUUGCUCCGGAAGUUUUGCAGGCCCUGGGCGGUAUAUAA